AUGUUCAUGUGCAAGGGUGAAGCUGAUUUGCCAAUGCCGAGGAUUGAUGUGAGGGAUGUGGCCGACCCACUGUCAUUUCCAGUGAGACAGGAUCAGUUGCAGGGUAUGAUCGAACAUGCUACACGUGCACCUUAUGGCAAAGGAACAGAGACGAUCACAGACCUCAAUGUGCGACGUGUCUGGCAGAUACAGAACACAGACAUCACCAUCACGAGCAAUCAUUUCCAGACAUUCAUGAGUGGCGUGAUCAGCGUCAUCAAGGAGUCGAUGGCAUUGGUGAACGAGACAGUGACAGCAGAGUUGUACAAGUUGUUGGUCUAUGACAAAGGCAGCUUCUUCCUGCCACAUCGUGACUCUGAGAAGGCUGACAACAUGUUUGGAACACUCGUGUUGUCGUUGCCAUGUCCACAACGAGGUGGUGACCUGGUGAUCAAUCACUCAGGUCGUGAUGAAGUGGUGUCAUUGGAGAAUGACUCGAUAUCCACGAUCAAAUGGACAGCAUUCUUUGCUGAUUGUCAACACGAAGUCAAGCCAGUCACUGAAGGCAAUCGAGUGUGUCUCGUUUACAACCUGUUGAGAUCAGGUGGCAAGAAACUGGACAUCAGCAUAGCAUCCUCUUCAUCCAUCAUCCAAGGAUUCAAACAAGUCUUUGGUGGUGCUGAUGCGGAGAUGGAGAUGAAGGACGACCACAUGGAUUCCGAGGAUGAUGAUGAAGAUGAUGAGGAUGACGUCAAGAUCGUCAAGAAGUCCAAGACAUCGACAACAACAAACAUAACAACCAAAGUUGACAGUGAUCAAUCAGAUGACGAAGAUAGUGAUGGUGAUGAUGGUGGCGGCGGUGUUGGUGAUGGUGAAGGUGAAGUUGAUCUCAUACCCAAGAAGUUGGUGUAUUGCCUUGAUCAUGUAUACUCUAUUGCCAACUUCACUUUGGAGUCACUCAAGAGCAGUGAUAUAUCAUUGGCGCGUACAUUAUUGACUCUUGCCGAUGAAUGCAACAUCAAACUUGGUCUGGCAUUCAUUCAUAUCAAGGAAUCUGGAGACUGCAUGGAUGGCGAGUUAUUUGGUAUAAAUAAAUCGAGUAUCAUAUUGAAUGAUGUCAAGGACCUUGAGACUGGUACCAUCCUCGAGCAAACAAUGCCCCUUCAUCAUAAUGAGAUCAUGCCAUCUGGUUGUCUCGACAACAUCCGUCCAUACUCUGACGAGACCAAAGAAGCAACAGGUAAUGAAGGUGGAACGUAUGAGAGGCAGUACAGACGAUCAGUGAUAGUGGCAUGGAGCCAAGCGAUCAUGGGCAAGUUCACAAUGAUCAUUUCAACUGAUGUCGCUUUGAAAGUGAUGACCACAGAGUUGGCCAAGCUUGGAGGCAUCGAUGCCAACCCAAAGGCAACACAUGAUCUGUUUGAUCAAAUGUUCAAAUCGUUGAACAGAGUGACCAUCACACCGGACCACGUUUCCAAGAUGCUGGGACUAUUCCAAUCAAUCAAGAAUGAUCAAUACCUUCCCAAACUACUUCAAUACUUCUUUGUGUAUGCUGGAAACCAAGUCACUGGAUCUGAUGCUCAUUUGGAUGUCAUCCAGGAACUAUUGCUAAAGAGACCGUCAAUGAACAAGGACGACACGAUGCUUAUGAUGAUGACUGGUUUCAUGUCACUUGUUACUCAGGAUGUGGCUCAGACUAUGAUGUCCAGGUUGUUGUCGUACGUGACAUCUUCCCCAGAGGACACGCGACUGAACGACAUAUUGCCCAUACUGGCCAAUCAGCUCACAAGAAGUUUGGACACGAUCGAGCAAUGUGACAAACUUAUCAACAUGGUCCAACAUCAUUCAUUGUUUGAUGACGAUAGACAAGAGAUAUUGGAUGCGAUAUCAUUGGUCGCUGGUGAACUACUCGUUCCAAAGAUGCCCAAGUCUGAUCGAUCGUGGCCAGGAAGAUCAGUCGUUGCCAAACCGCGCAAAGGUCAGACCUUGAAUACCAUCACCAAUAUCGAGCGAUUGGCCAAGUUGCUGAGUGAGGGCAUAGCUCCAAUAUACGUGACCGACUCAAUACUAUGCAAUAUGUACAAUCAGGUACUUAGAAUCAUUGAUGUCCAACGAGAUGGCACUGGCCUAGGUGAGGAGGAGCUCAUGGCCUCGAUGCCCAUCAUGGAGAGGAUCCAUACAGCGCACCCUGAAUGGAUCAAGAAUCAACACUACACUGGUGUGCUACAACUUUUGAUCGAUCAUAAGCCUAUCGACCAAGAGGGCGCACAUCUGUAUAUGAUCUGGAGGAUCAUGGUCCAAGAUGGUGGCCGCCACCUCCAGUUGUUUGUCAACAAACUCUGUGGUGGCGUCACAUCGAGCGCGCUCCUCAACUUGCUCAAACUUCUGCACGCCAAUGAGUUUGCUGCCGCCAACUCGAGCACCAACACACACUACGCGACACUCUGGGUAUAUCUCACCAAGAUCAACAUCACGCUGGCAAAGACCAAGCCCACAGGCAACCAAUUAUGCGUCAUCAUGCCAACAUGUCAAUGUAGCAACUGCAAGAAGAUGGCUACAUUCCUGAGUUCACAGAAUACGGUCCAGGAGUUCUCAUUCGACACCCGUGACAAUCGUAGUCAUCUUGAGUCCGUUGCCAGCAGGUACAGCCUGGGACAAGUGUAUGGCAGAGGUCGGCACCCACAGCCAUUGACCGUGAAGAAGACCCCCGCCAACAUUGCCGAAUCACUAAACAGGUAUAACGAGGCGGUCAUCAUUUGUCAUGGUCUGUCACCGAUCAGACCUGAGGCUGCAGCAGCAGGACCGACUGGUGACAUUCUCAAUGAGGUGAUCAAUGGCACGCCCAUGCCAAUUGUUGCCAACGUGGACGAAGAGGAUGAGGAGGAAGACGAUGGUGAUGUGGAAGUCAUACGCUAG